GAAUUGACGCUGGUAGUAGGAAUGGCGGCUCUGAUUAGUGGAGGAAGGAACCCGGAGACCCUGAAACUUUACGUCUAACGGCCCCGCACGGGAAAUUUGUUUUCUAACUAGACGCAGCGACGCCGCCCCGCUGCGCUUCACGGGCCGACGAAGUGCUGUAGCGUGGGAUCCACACGGUUCGGUGUCCGGGCUGGGCGAGUCGCUAGAUAGCCUCAGUCAGCUCCACUGACUUUGAAUCAGAGGUAGCUGUUAGCUCGCGGCUCUUGCUAGCCAGCUGUUGGCUGCUCUGGCUCGGCUCGGCUCGGCUCGGCUCGACUCGACUCGGCUCGGCCCUACAAGUUAACAAAGUGAUCAACUGUAUGAAAGCCUUCCGCAUUUGAGUCGUGGAGUGCGGGCGGGGGGGGGGGGGGGGGGGGUCUGCUCUCUCCAGUGUCGGGGACUUUUAUAGAUGAGCGGCGCCGGACGACAACAAGUCGACUCGGGCGCGUUGUGGACAUUAUCGCCCCCCCUGCUAGCCUCCGCGUUAGCUCGGUGCACCAGACGCUAGCUAAGUUGGGAUCCCGAAGUCUCGCCCAUUUCCCGGCAUCCUGCCCCAGCCAUUGGCUGAAGCGGGGCUAAUCGACAGCCGACUAAGUCUUGCUUUUCCUCCCCCGCGGGGGUCCGAGUGGCACCACCAUGGAAAGUCUAACGCUGAGCGACGUCGAGCAGAAGUACUACUCGGAUCUGUUCGCGUACUGCGACACGGACAACACCAAGAAAGUGGCGUCCAACGGGAGAGUUCUUGACCUCUUCCGGGCGGCCCAGCUGCCCAGCGAAGUUGUCCUGCAGAUCACAGAGCUUUGCGGCGCCACUCGACUGGGUCACUUCGGCAGGAGCCAGUUCUACAUCGCUCUCAAGCUCAUAGCCAUUGCCCAGUCGGGGCUGCCCCUGAGGGUGGAAAGCCUCAACUCGGUCAAAGACCUGCCGCUGCCCAGGUUCGUGGUGGGGAAGAACGAGGCAGAGGCGAGGCACGUGGCGCUGUACCAGGACACGGACAGCCAGGGUUUGUACCCGGCGUCCGCCGCGGCAGUCAUGCCUAGACCACCCGGCAGGGGGCUCCAGAACAAGAAAGCUCCUCCGCCCUCUACCUCGCUUCCCGUCCAUGAGGUCGUCCAGCCCCUGGCAGCCAGCGUAGAACCACAGCCCGAACCGACGUCCCCAGUAGUCUCCCCUGACCAGUCUCCCCCCACCUCCCCUCCCUCCUGGAGGAAACACAAGCGGCAGCACAGUGGGGGAAACGUAGACAGACCGCCGGUGGUGGCUGCAGCGGGAGCCGUGUGGACGCAGUUCAGGGAACCACAAACAGCUCCAGUGUCUGCUGAGGGCAUGUGGGCGUCCCACUCGCCUCCCCCACCAGGUCAGGAAAGUUGGGUCAGUUUUACAGCGGACACCCCGCCAUCCAGCACGCUCCCCGGAAUGCAUCCCUCGUCAGUCCAGGAAAGCACGACGAUACGAACAGUGGCCUCGGCGGCAAUGACCAAUGAGAUCCAGCGACAGUCCAGCGGCUACGACGACCCGUGGAAGAUCACGGACGAGCAGCGACAGUAUUAUAUUAACCAGUUCAAAACCAUUCAGCCAGACCUCACCGGCUUCAUACCUGGUUCCGCAGCAAAAGAGUUCUUCACCAAAUCAAAACUACCGAUUUUAGAGCUGUCGCAUAUUUGGGAGCUGUCAGACUUCGACAAAGACGGAGCGCUCACGCUGGAUGAGUUCUGCGCCGCCUUUCACCUGGUCGUGGCCAGGAAGAACGGCUAUGACCUCCCAGAGAAGCUGCCCGAGAGCCUGAUGCCAAAGCUGAUCGACCUGGAUGACUCAGCAGAAGUCCCAGAGCAAACUGCUGACGUCGGAUACUCGGGCUCUCCGGUGGAGGUCACCCCCAACAAGUCUCCCUCCAUGCCUUCGCUCAACCAGGCCUGGCAAGAGAUGAACCCGAACAAUGAGCAAUGGGAGACGUUUAGCGAGCGCUCCUCCAGCUCACAAACUCUGACCCAAUUUGACUCUAACAUUGCACCAGCUGACCCUGACACGGCCAUCGUUCACCCAGUUCCCAUCCGGAUGACACCUAGUAAGAUCCACAUGCAGGAGAUGGAGCUGAAGAGGACUGGCAGUGGUGAGAGAGAAACCUUUGACAACAACCACCCGACCAGUCCUCUGCUCACCAAACCUCCAGAACUCGAUGAAGAAGCCAAACUACCUGCCUCCAUGAAGUUUGUAGCCGCCAACACUGUAGGUGAAGGUUAUAGCAGUUCAGACUCCUUCACAUCAGACCCGGAGCCAAUCACGAGACAAAGGUCUCAGUCGGGUACGUCUCCAGAACCUCUGAAGGUGGUGGCCCCUCCUCCUCCUCCGCCUCGCCCUCACCCCACUCACUCUCGCUCCUCGUCUCUGGACAUGAACCGCACCUUCGCUGCCACAUCGGCCGCGGGACAAGCACAAGCGUCUGCGAUAGCUUACUUGCCUGCUGUGCCUCCUCGGCCGCUACCCACACAGACAUCAGCACCUCACACUGGGCUUCGUGUGGAGGCGGAGGCUGCACCAGGAGCUGCGGCGGGGCUCGCCACCACCGCCGCCGCCACCACCACUGCCGCCGCCACCACCUCGCCCCAGCAGAUCCCCCAGCAGCCCAAUUUCGCCGACUUCAGUCAGUUUCAGGCCUUCGCUGCUUCUGAACAGCCUUCCAGUCUGCCGGAGGUCGACAAACACAGUGAGGCAGGACCGGUGGAAAAGGCCCCAGAGGGAGCUGGUCCUUUGAGAACAGUGAAGAGUGAUGGCCAAGUAGAUGAGAGAGCAUCAGCUUCUGUCAACUCUGCCAAAGGUGCGUCCGGUCCAAUAGCUCCUCCCCCUAAACCUGUGCGUCGGAGGUUGAAAUCUGAAGACGAGCUCAGACCGGAGGACGAGCAGCACGGUCCGCAGAAAUCAAACGUCAUAGCUGCUGUGCUGUCCACUCAGCCCUCCAUCCCCAGGUCAGUAGGAAAGGACAAAAAGGCUAUUCAAGCUUCAAUCAGAAGAAAUAAGGAGACAAACACAGUGUUGGCGCGACUCAACAGUGAACUGCAGCAACAGUUGAAGGACCUGCUGGAGGAGAGGAUAUCUCUGGAGGUGCAGCUGGAGCAGCUCAGACCUUUCUCUCACCUUUAGAGGCCGUCGUUCAUCUGAAGCGAGGCCGCAGGCCUCGGUGUGACUCCCCCCCGCCAUCCUCCCCUCCCUUCCCUCCUUCCAUCAUCCCUGCUUCCCCUGCCGCAGGGUGCUGCGUUAAAACUCAAAUCACACACUUAUCAAUCGUGAACCAGAAGGACCUGAGGGCACAGUCUUAACCGAGCGGGAGGAGGCGACGGGAGGCGUGUAGGGAUUUUACAAACUGGCACUUUUCAAUCUUCUCCGUAGAGAGGGCGAAGGAAGGUGAGGACGACGGCGAACCGAGAAACGGUUCGUUCGGAGGAAGCGGACAUGAUGCUGCGAAAACUGCUGGUGUCUGAUUACUUAACUCUCUGAAUGACUGAAGAGGAAAAGGCAGAGUGUGCGUUCCCACGUGUCCGUGUGACUGUUUGUGUCUUUGUGUUCCUGUUCAGUGACUUUCUUGAGGCUAGCGUCAGUAUGUUUGUUCUCUCUUUGGGUACAGCCACGCCCAAUUAAUAAUCGGGCAUAUUUAAAGACGAGAGUCAACAUUUUGGGAACGUGCUAAAAUGCUCUCUCUGAGAGUGAAAUGAGAACUACAGAGAAUAAAUCUGUAGUUAGUCUGGCUCAGCGUAAAGAUUGAAAGUAGAGGGGAAACGGCCUGUCUGGCUCCCCAAAGCUCAAAAAUGCACCUCUAAAAAUAUUUUAAAUCAAUAAUUUGUGUUUUUUUGGGGUGUUCCAUACUAAAACUAUGUCAUCUAAAGUUGAAUAAAUGUAGUCCCAACAAGUCGAA